GUUCUAGUGACCUUCGGUGACAGCUACAGAAACAAUUCCUUGCUACACAUCAUUCCGCUGAAAUUUCGGAAAGAUUUGGUUACGGCUGGUUACGACGCGUCAGUAGAUGGAAAGAAGGAAACGGUUGACAGCGAUGACGAAGUGACGGAUAAGUCAGUGGAAGCGCAAGUGACCGUUUUCGGGGCUUUGAAAAGAGCGAAAAAUGAUUUCGCCGAGGAGCUCAUUAAGAUGGAGCAGAGGAGGCAAAGCGACAGCCAAAGUAAUGCAUAA